AUGGCUGUGCGCGGCUAUGUACGGCUGUGGACGGCUAUUUGCGGCUAUGUACGUCUAUGUGCAUCUAUGCACGGCUAUGUACGGCAAUGUGCGGUCAUGUACGGCUAUGUACUGCUAUGCGAGGCUAAGCACGGCUGUGUAAGGCCAUGCGCGGCUAUGCACGGCUAUCAACAGCUAUGUAUGGCUGUGCACGGCUAUGAACGGCUAUACGCGGCUAUGUACGGCUAUGCUCGGUUAUGUACAGCUAUGUACUGCUAUGCACGGCUAUCCACAGCUAUGUAUGGCUGUGCGCAACUAUGUACGGCUAUGGACGGCUACACGCGGCUAUGUGCGGCUAUGCACGGCUAUGUACGGCUAUGCGCGGUUAUGUACGGCUAUGCGCGGUUAUGUACAGCUAUGUAUGGCAGUGCGCGGCUAUGUACGGAUAUGCGCGGCUAUUCACAGCUACAUAUGGCUGUGCGCGGCUAUGUACGGCUAUGGACGGCUAUGCACAGCUAUGUACGGCUAUGUACGGAGAUGCGCGGCUAUGUACGGCUAUGUACGGCCAUGCAUGGCUAUGCACGGCAUGGUUCGGCUGUGUAAGGCUAUGUAGAUUUUAUGUAUGGCUAUAUACGGCUGUUCACGGUUAUGCACGGUUUUGUUCGGCUAUGUUGGGCUAUGCAUGGUUAUGUACGGCUCUGUACGGCCAUGCAUGGCUCUGCAAGGCAUGGUACGGUUGUUUAAUUCUAUGUAGGGCUAUGUAGAGCUUAUGCACGGCCAUGCGCGGCUAUGCACGGCUAUCCACAGCUAUGUAUGGCUAUGCGCGGCUAUGUACGGCUAUGGACGGCUAUCUGCGGCUAUGUACGUCUAUGUGCAGCUAUGCACGGCUAUGUACGGCAAUGCGCGGUCAUGUACGGCUAUGUACUGCUAUGCGAGGCUAUGCACGGCUGUGUAGGGCCAUGCGCGGCUAUGCACGGCUAUCCACAGCUAUGUAUGGCUGUGCACGGCUAUGGACGGCUAUACGCGGCUAUGUACGGCUAUGCUCGGUUAUGUACGGCUAUGUACUGCUAUGCACGGCUAUCCACAGCUAUGUAUGGCUGUGCGCAGCUAUGUACGGCUAUGGACGGCUAGACGGGGCUAUGUACGGCUAUGUGCGGCUAUGUACGGCUAUGCGCGGUUAUGUACGGCUAUGCGCGGUUAUGUACAGCUAUGUAUGGCAGUGCGCGGUUAUGUACGGAUAUGCGCGGCUAUCCACAGCUACAUAUGGCUGUGCGCGGCUAUGUACGGCUAUGGACGGCUAUGCACAGCUAUGUACGGCUAUGUAUGGCGAUGCGCGGCUAUGUACGGUUAUGUACGGCCAUGCAUGGCUAUGUACGGCAUGGUACGGCUGUGUAAGGCUAUGUAG